AUGCCACCGAAAGCAGCUGGACGCGGCGCGGCAAGACGGCCGGGCGAGCGAGAAUCUGCGCCUGGAAAUUCUACGGAGGCGGGGUCUUCGUCCACCACACCCUCCACACGACCCCCAGUGCAACGAUUACAAUCUCUGAACAGACGCACACCCGGGGGAAGCAUAGGACCCAGAGGAGGACCACCUCCACGCGAUGAGCUAGGUGGACCAACAAAACCAGUCCUCAAAUAUGGACCACGAUCAGCCMCCCGCCGUACCAAAGAAGAGCGAGAUGCCAUCUUGGAGUUGGAGGCAGAGAGAAACCGACAACGAUUGUCAGAAGCGGAGGCCAUACAACGGGCACGACUUGGAAAUGCGCCUAGGGCACGCGGUAGAGGUGGGCGAGGUGGGAUGAUGUUUGGCGGUCCUACAGGGUUUAAACGAGGUCGUGGUGGUCGAUUCGAGAACGAUUCCCGCUCUUCACCUGCAUUGCGACAUUCUCUUUCGCGCUCUCACACACCGGCUCAUUGGCGGUCAAAUAAUAAUGCUGGCUAUUCUUCGGACGAGGAUGAGCAGGCUUCAGCUCUCCGGAUCAGUAUCGAUGAGAUUAAUCUUGACGAGGAUAGUGACGAGGAAGCAGCAGAAAUUAAAAAGGACGUCAAGGGUAAAAAAGCAGUGAGAAAACUAGCAUUGCCCCUCAAUGGCCCCCGGCCUAUUCGAGUGGAGCGUCAUGAACACGAAGAACGAGUUGUCAGUGUCGAUGUCGAAGCUAGCACAACUGCCGCGGCACAACCCAGUCGUCAAGCAGUCGAAGAGGAUGAGUCCGACAAUGAAUUAUUUAUCAGUGAAGAGCCUACCACCCCCAGAGUCAAGCGAGAACCUGCAGAUGGCGAUGUGGCCAUGGCAGAUUUACCGCAUGAGAGUCGCGAUGAGACGCCGCUACCUGCGCAGCGUUUCAAGGCGCGAAGGAGUGUACUCGUCAAAGAUCCUCGAAGCUUGCUACGAACAAAGGAGGAGAUUGAGGAGUUUGACCGACACAAUGAAGAUCUUGAGGCUUUGAAGGAUAUUUUGACACCCGAUGAGCCUGCUACAGUGGCUAAACCGACCACAACUACUGGGGGUGGAGGUGAAGGCGAAGGCGAAGAAGGCGCGGAGCCUAAGGAAGAAGUGAAAGAGGGCGAAGAGCCUGUUGACAAGAACGCCGGCCGCUUAUACCUGAUUCAAUUCCCACCCUUGACGCCCAAUUUGACCGUGCCUGGCGGAGCAGAACCUAUUGAAGUACAGGAUGAUGUUGCUACGGAAGAUGUCACAGUGGUACAAGAGAAUGCUCUAGGCGAACCGGAGGUCAAGCAAGAAGAAGGCGAGGGAGAAGAAGAUAUCAAACCGGCAAGAAAACCGCCCGGAAGACUCGUGACGGCGACUGAGCGCCAACUCCCAGCUGGACGAGUGGGACGACUGCAUCUCCACAAGUCCGGUCGGGUUACUCUGGACUGGGGCGGAAUCUCGUUUGAGCUGGACAAGGGCGCCAAUGUCAAUUUCGUGCAGGAGGCAGUGAUUGCGUCUACGGGGUCGAUUGCCGGCGAGGAGGAUACGGGGGAGCGGGCAGUGUGGUCGAUGGGGCAGCUCAGCGAGAAGUUCAUUGCCAGUCCCGAGUGGAACAGGCUGUUGUAG